CGGGCACCGAGUCACCAGGCACGACAGUGGGCUCCGAGUCAACUGGUAUGACCGCGGGCACUGGGUCAAACAUUGGAUCGUCUGACUGGACAGCGGGCGGCGGGCAUCGGGUCACCAGGCAUCAAGUCAUUUGGCUCGACAGCGAGCACCGCGUCAUCUGGCAAGGCAGUGGGCUCCGAGUCAACAGGCACGACAGUGGGCACCGGGUCAUCAGGUACCGGAUUGUCUGGCUCGACAGCGGGCAUCGGGUCACCAGGCAAGCGGCGGGCACCGACAGCGGGCACUGGUAUGACCGCGGGCACUGGGUCAGUCACCAGGCAUCGGGUCAUCAGGCACGACAGUGGGCACCGGGUCACCAGGCAUUGGAUCGUCUGGCUCGACAGCGGGGGCAUCGGGUCACCAGGUACGACAGCGGGCUCUGAGUCAAUUGGCAUCACGAUCGACGGGCACCGGAUCAGGUACCGGAUCAUCUGGAUCAACAGCGGG